AUGAGCAAGCAACAUCCGUGGGGCUCUUCGAGACAGCACCAGAAUCCUCGACUUGAUCCCAUAUCCACCGCAUUUGCACAAGAACAACGCAACACCCCCUCACCCAGUGCUUCGCGUCAAGGCUUCUCCCCCAUUACUUCCAACUUCCCCUCGCUUCCUUCGGCUACAGCCAGAAACAUCAGCAGUCGAAAGUCUUCGGCCGCAUCGUCCACGUCCUCGCCCUUCUCACCCUUAAACGCCGGACAGCAGCCCCCGGCCAGCCAGCUGCUGUCCUCAAGGGCUCGAAUCAUAGCACCGCAGUCUUCAUCACACCUGGCAUCCUCCGCCGCAGCCUUACCAACUGCAUCGCAGGGUGGUGGUGGUACUUCGAGCAGCGGCGGAGGGGCCUCAAAGUUAGCCCGAGCCUCGCCUUCCCUCUCCACAUCGAGUACCGUCGGAUCGCCCAACGCAUCCACCAAUCCCGCCGGCAGCGCGCCAACACAAAAUCUCUCUCGCAUUGUCAUCGCGCAAGUAUUCCUGUUACUGAGCCAAUUCGGCGCUGUGAAGGACGAUAAGGAUAAAGCGAAGUGGGACACGCAGACGGAGCAGAUUCGAAAACUGGUCGACUCCAACGGAAUGGAGGUCUUUUCCAAGUACUUUCGGCGCUUGUUGCAAAACAAUGCAGCGCAGGUUUUUCCUACCGGUGGCAGAACGGUAGAUCCGAACGGGAGCUAUCAAAUCCUCGUUAGUGAGAUGCAAAAGCUUCGCAAAGAUCCCGAACAGGCAGCUCGGAUAGCAGAGUCUAUCGACUCAAAUGAAGGUGACCUUUUCCGUGACUUCGACUUGUCUACCUUCGUAUCACAUUUCCAACUUGAUCCCAUUGAGAAAACGGCACUUGCACUCGAAUGUCGUGUGGCGAACAAGUCUGAUUUAAAAACAAAAGCCGACGCGAUUUUGGCAAACACCGUUGACGCUUUUCUCUUGGCAUACGCACGACCUUCCCCAGUCCAAACCGACCUCCCGCUCAAGCUCGAAGUAACCAUACUCGAACGCCUGCUCGAAAACCCACCACGCGACUGGGACGAUGAUAAGAAAAUGCAGAUACCUUAUGCUGCACACAUGCGAUACCAACAAAGCCUGCAGAUACCCGUCCCCGCAGAGGUCGACUCUGUGUUGCGACUCCUAGAGCUUACCGAUGGGUCCCACACAUUGGUGAAGUUCGUACAGCGUGCCGGGCCUCGUGCAACCGCGACCGUGGAAGCCAGCAAAGAGAUGCUCUCCACUGUAGAGACACGCGACAUCAGCUAUCAACAAGUUGCGAACGUCCUCUUAUACAUGGCUAUCACGCAGGAAAACCAGGGAUACAGUCUGAAGAACUUCGUGGCAGCUUUGCGUGAGCAUCGCACCGGUCAGCGUUUGGACUGGCAGGAUGUGGUUCAUGCAUUUGAUCGUGACGGCAUAAGGAUCGCAAAGCAACAAUUUCUGGCGAUCUAUAAUGCCUUGCUCCCAAUCGCGAACGAAGUGGAGAGUUUCGACAUACAACUACUCUGGGGAGGAGUGUGGCAAUACGAGAUGACCCAGUUGGCUUUCCUGUGGUGUUUUCUGUCAUGCACCCCGGACGAGCUGGAUGUUUCCCAGAUUCCGAGACUGCGGGCGAGUUUCAGCAGGCAGACUUUUGAAGGCGCCUCCGAUGAGAUCAAGGAAUUGGGAGCUCGCGCAGCCAAGCACCCUUACGUCUCCCUCGAAGCAACGACAGCGUUAUUCGGCAUGAUUUUCAGAUCUUCGGAGUCCUAUCACCAGGCACAACUUCUAGGCAUUCCUGACGCAAUAAUCAAUCCUCAUACCGCAGAAUUCCUGAUUGCUGCCGUUGCAGUACCCAAACCUUGGGGUGCUCUGCAGGAACAAGCAUUGAAGCAACUGUUCGAGCCGUACUUCACCAAAAAAUUGGCAGCUUAUGACUUUGUCCUGUAUGGUCUUUGGCAGCAGGACCCACAAUGGCUUGUCGACCGUUUUGUCGAUUCUUACAACGCAGAUCUCAUGUCUCUGUCUUUGAUCAUGGAACAUGCUCAAGCGCACGGCUGGCUGGAGACCCUUAUUCGAAGCAACACGGACAUCAGUCUCGACCUCGCUGCGCAGGCACACGCCCGCGGACUUUUCGAAAUCGAGCCUUGGCUACAGCAAACCAUUGAACAGGCAGGCCCUCUGUUCCGUAGGAUCCUUUCUAACUUCUUGAGUGCAAGAGCUGCCGAAGAGCAACAGACACAGAGAGACGACCAUCACCCAAUCAGUCUACCACUAGCGGUGAAGACUGUCCACCCGCUCCUUUGGUUUUUGGCCGAAUGUGGUCUCCCCGAACAGGAAUUGCUUCCACUACAGCGGAACUGCAUUCAAUCUUAUCCCCGACUCAUCAAUUAUGGUGAAGGCGUCGAUGAUAUCAUUGACGCUAACAGCAAGUCAGGCAAUAAACUGCCCGACGAUGCUGAUAAGAAAAUGCAAGAGCAUUUUAAGAACAUGUAUUCUGGCGAGAGCGACGUUCGCGACAUCAUCAACGUUUUGAAGAAGUACAAGGAGUCCCAAGACCCGGCCGAACAGGACCUUUUCGCUUGCAUGAUCCACGGGCUUUUUGAUGAGUACAAUUGUUUCGGCGAAUACCCGCUUGAGGCUCUAGCAACCACCGCAGUACUAUUUGGCGGCAUCAUCAACUACAACCUCCUCUCCCGUAUCGCUCUGCAAGUCGGCUUGGCAAUGGUACUCGAGGCCGUUCAAGAUUAUCGACCCGAGGAUUCGAUGUACAAGUUUGGUCUCCAAGCCCUCCUCCACUUCUCGUCCCGCCUUCCCGAAUGGCCAAAUUACUGUGACCAACUUUUGAUCGUUCCUGGACUACAAGGUACCGAGAUCUACGCCAAAGCGGAGGAAGUCGUGGGCCGUCAAGUAAACGAUCUCAACGGUGAUUCACAGAAUGGAGUUGGCCUGACGAACGGAAAUGGGGUAGACGAGAUACUUCAGACCGAAACAGGGGUACCAAAAUUCUCAUGCCUUCACGUAGACCCACCACUUCGACCAGAAUUAUACGAGGAGCCCGACGAAGAGGUUCAAGACAAGGUUUUGUUCGUUCUCAACAACGUAUCCGAAAGGAACCUGCGCGAUAAAAUCAAAGACCUGAUGGAGGCUGUGGAAGAGAAACAUCACCAAUGGUUCGCCGGUUACCUCGUUGAGGAGCGGGCUAAAAUGCAACCAAAUUUCCAACAAUUGUACUUGGAUAUGCUGGAAUUAUUUAACGACAAGACUCUCUGGGCCGAGGUUCUCCGUGAGACAUAUGUUACGGUCAAUCGGAUGCUGAACAGUGACGGACAGUUGGGCUCUACCGAAAGGACUCACUUGAAGAACUUGGGUGCCUGGCUGGGAUCGCUCACUAUUGCUCGCAACCAACCGAUCAAGUUCCGCAACAUCUCGUUCAAGGACCUUCUCAUUGAAGGUUAUGAUACCGAUCGCCUCCUCAUUGUUAUUCCCUUCACUUGUAAGGUGUUGGUCCAAGCUGCAAAGUCGAGUGUCUUCAAGCCACCUAAUCCGUGGUUGAUGGAAAUCGUUCGAGUCUUGAUGGAACUUUAUAACUGCGCCGACUUGAAACUCAAUCAGAAGUUCGAGAUUGAGGUUCUCUGCAAAGGGCUAGAUCUGGACCACAAAACAAUCGAAGCCUCCAAUGUGAUUGGAUCAAGGCAGCAUGCAGAAGAAGAGUAUCUAGGACCCUUGGCACCUGAAGGAUUGGAACCUUUCAGCGAUCUAUCUAUUAUGAGCCUCAAUCGUGCCCGCGGACCUAGCGAGCGUUUCUCCUCCGCAGCCAUCACCGCAGCUCUGCCGAACUUUUCCAAUCAGCUCAUAUACCCACCAGCUGGCAGCAAUGCUGUACCUGCCACCGAUCUCAAGGCCAUCUUUGCCCGUGCUGUUUCCCAGGCUAUCCAGGAGAUUAUCGCCCCCGUUGUAGAGCGAUCUGUCACUAUUGCAGCUAUCUCUACGUCACAGCUCAUCAACAAGGAUUUCGCCAUGGAGCCCGAUGAGGAGAAACUCCGCAACGCAGCACAUACUGUGGUCAAAUCGCUCUCUGGUGCCUUGGCCCUGGUAACUUGCAAGGAGCCUUUGCGUAUGAGCAUAAUGAACAACAUUCGAGUCAUGGCCCGCGAUUUGCCCGAACAAGCUCUUCCUGAGGGACACGUUCUGAUGUUUGUCAAUGACAACCUGGACCUCGUUUGUCGUCACGUGGAACAAGCCGCGGAGCAAGCAUCUAUGAACGAGAUUGACAUGCAGAUUGAGGAGUCGGUUCGCAUACGCAGAAUGUUCCGUAACACACGACCCAACGAGCCCUUCAAGGAUGCAAACAUUAGCCCCUGGGCAUUUUACAUCCCAGAGCCCUACAAGCAGUCCCCUGGUGGAUUGAACGCCGACCAGCUUGCCAUAUAUGAGGAUUUCGGACGACAAUCCCGAGGCGUUCCCCAUGCCAAUAAUACUUCGCAGGAUGGUGGACGACAGGUUCCUGAUGUACUGUCAGACCAAUUUCCUCCAGUGCCGAGCUUGCCAACCCCCGCAGCGGCACCUGCCGAACCACGACAAACAACGCAGCAGCAACCACGUCAUCAGGGUGUACAAGGAGUGCCUACUCCAGGCCCGCAGCAACAGCUAAAUGGCUAUCUAGAGUCCGGCCCGAACCGAGACCAACGUACCGCUGAAGAACUGUGGGUCGAACUUACCCGUGUUGUCAAGGAAGCACCCGAGGAGCGCCUAAGUGAACUCCGACCUAUCAGCCCCAUUCACGGUGUCUUCGACCGCCUCAUCUCUAGCAUAGAGCAUGCAGGCCUUGAGAAGGACAACUUCGCUUUCCGUAUUGCUGGCCAGCUUGUGAACUACCUGUUCUCCGAGCAGCUACGGCGUUUGGAAAUUGAGAUCAUGACCCGACUCCUUGCCGACCUUUGCCAGUUGUCAGUACAAACCUCUAGACAAGUCUUGAUGUGGUUGGCUACGAUGCACGAUGACGAUAGGAUUUUCAACGCUACAGUCAUGGUUUGUCUCAUCGACGUUGGCUUGAUGGACAUGCACAGGCUCAAUACUGUCAUUGCCAAGGCCAUCUCCCAACGCCGUGUCGCUGCCAUUGAGAUGCUUUCCAACCUCCUCGAUGACGUCUUGCUCAACGAGCACCCCAUUGCCCUGCGUGCCGACUUUGCACUCUCUGUGGACGCUCUGACCAACUGGUUAGCAGAGGACCCCAAUCUUGAGUUGGGCAAGCAACUCAUUUCGAAACUUCAUGUGCCAUCGAACGAACAGGCACUGACUCCACCGGCAACCGGAAAGACUGAUCAAUUGGAAUACGUUUUCGACGAGUGGGUGCAUCUGCAGCUUCCCGAUACCCCGAAGACAUCCAUCGGAGCCUUCAUCUAUCAGCUGCAUCAGAGCAAGGUCAUGCAGACCCCUACGGAUUCGAUUGAAUUCAUUCGCAUCUGCAUUGAUGCUUCGGUGGCUGCGUAUGAGCAUGAGGAAUUUGCUCCCUACGGCACAGGAAAUUUGGACACCGCUACGAUUAAGGUCGAUGCAUUGGGCAAGUUGAUUGUCUCCCUCGUUGCUUACCAAGGGGAGUCAGAUGGCGCUGUUCAAGAGAGCAAAGCGAAAUACAUUGACAGCAUCCUUCUCGUCGUUGUCCUCGUCCUCGGCAAUCACCACAAGACUCGAGGUGACCGCUUCAACCAGAAGGUGUUCUUCCGACUUUUCUCCUCCAUCCUUUUCGAGCUCAACGAAGCCGUGAAAGAUGAUGCUCUCAUUGAGUCGAAGGGCGAAAUUUACCUUGCGGUAGCGCGUGCCUUCCUCAUCUUGCAACCACAGCAUUAUCCAAUGUUCACGUUCUCAUGGUUGACUUUGAUCUCUCAUCGCAUAUUUAUGCCUGCCAUGUUGGAAAGCAACAUGCAGAUGGCGAACACAAAAGACAAGAGGUGGGAUCUUUAUGCAUGCUUAGUGGAAACCCUCCUCAAGUAUACCGGUCAGCUCAUCAAGCCCACUGGCGAAACGAUCAUGGGCCAGAACUUCUACCGUGGCGUCCUCCGUGUUCUCCUGGUCAUCCACCAUGACUAUCCUGAGUUCUUGGCUGAGCAUCAUUUCCGGUUCUGCAACAGCAUCCCCAUGCAUUGCACUCAGCUUCGAAAUCUCAUCGUCAGCGCUUAUCCCUCACACAUUAUUGACAUGCCCGACCCAUUCACUGCAGGGUUGAAGGUUGACCGGGUUGAUGAGAUUCGACAAUCUCCCACUAUUCGCGCGGAUAUCGACAAGCUUCUCGUCGACGCCGGGAUCAUGGACACCAUUGAUGCUCUCCUGAAGACUUCUACACCUAAAGCCGAGGAUAUUGAAAAGGUCUGCAAUGCCACACAGUUUGCCGAAAACAGAGCAGCUGGUUUCGAAUUGGUCCCAACUUCAUCCGAUCCCAUCUUGAUCCACGCUAUUGUUAUUUACAUCGGUACCGCGGCAUUGGAAGCCCAGGGUUCUAAAGCACCAAACUUUGAGACUACGGCUCCUGCAGCCAAGCUUCUCGAAAGCCUAGCCAAAGAGUUCAAUCCCGAGGCCAGGUUCCAUUUCAUCAGCGCAAUCGCUAAUCAACUCCGCUGGCCAAAUGCACACACGCAUUACUUCAGUUACGCGCUUCUUCAUCUGUUCGGUCCCCCUGAUAGCGACGCUACAAUCCUCGAAGUCCAGCAAACAAUCACAAGGGUGCUUCUUGAGCGCCUACUUGUACACCGUCCACAUCCAUGGGGACUCAUCAUUACACUUUUGGAAAUUCUGAAGAACCGCACUUAUGCGUUCUGGGAUUUGCCAUUCGUUAAAGCUGCUCCUGAGGUCGAGCGCCUGUUCAACGCUCUCUUCACACAUGCUCAGCAAAGCCCACAACCCCUCGUCUAG